AGUGACCGCGAGGCUGUGCGGUGAACUGUCCACGCGAGGCGCUCGUUGCCCAGACAUCAGCCGGCUGACGGCGUAGAUCCGCGGCGUGUAGAUCCGCGCUCCCCGCUCGUCUACCCGCCGUGUUUCUGUGUGGGGCGUUCAGCUCUCUACCCUCCAGCUCCGGGAAUUGGACUGACUUUCUAGCUUCGCUGCCGCUGACAAAUCCACUGUUUCUCCGGCGACUUCCUCGGAUAAAACGUUCAGAGUCUAACUGAAGCCCGAACAGCUUAAUUUGAAGUUGAUUUGCCGUCUGAGCGACAACCCGGAAUUUUUGUUUCCUCCCUGUCCGACUCGCGCGACUUCUUUGUAGCCGUUGGACGGAACGGAGUUUCAACUUAAAACGAACCCGCAGACAUUUUGUUAUUUCUGAGAAUUACAGCGGUUUUUUUUUUCCUCCUACUUUUUUUUUUAUCAACGUACUCGCGGCUGGUGGAAAGAGCGAGCGAACUGAAAAGCUUUUUUUUUUUAAAAGACCACCACAAAAGCGAAGGAGGACACCAUUACUCUCCCCGCUCACUAAGCUAAAUCCAAACACCGCUGGGUGCGUAACGUUUUUUUUUUUUUAAUUUACAUGCGUUGAGCUCUCAUCGCUGCCGCUCGUGCGUUGAGGCGGAAGGCUUUGCAACUGCGAUGGAUCAUUUUGACUGACAGCUUUUGAAGAAUUAGCUAGCUUAGCCAGCGAGGAGCACUUGGUGGCGGUUUCCUGUUCACAGACGCGACGCAGUAAAGACGGGACAGGUUAAAGACUAAUGGUCUUGCUUCACCCGAGACGAGACACCGACUCUUUCACCUCGCGAACGACGGCAAAGUGCAUCACUUAUAUUCGGCUUCAUUCUUUUUCGGGAGGGGGGGUCGCUAGCUCCUGUUAGCUAGUCAUCUUGCUAACGCUGGACGGCUCCUGUGUUCGGCUAGCUUUGGACAAAGGACCAACGCAAGGAGACAUAUAAACACGGGGCACUCAGUUGAUCGUGUUAAGGAAGGAAAGCAACAAACAAGGAAUUGACAUGAUGUUUCCACAAUCAAGACACUCAGCUUCAUCGCAGCAGCUGAAAUUCACAACCUCUGACUCCUGUGACAGGAUCAAGGAUGAGUUCCAGUUCCUCCAAGCACAAUACCACAGUUUGAAGCUGGAGUGUGACAAGUUGGCCAGUGAGAAGUCAGAGAUGCAGCGUCAUUAUAUCAUGUACUAUGAGAUGUCCUACGGGCUCAAUAUUGAGAUGCACAAACAGGCUGAGAUAGUGAAGAGAUUGAACGGGAUCUGCGCACAAGUCCUCCCCUACCUGUCUCAGGAGCACCAGCAGCAGGUCCUGGCAGCCAUAGAGAGGGCCAAGCAGGUCACCCCCCCAGAGAUGAACUCCAUCAUAAGGCAGCAGCUCCAGGCUCACCAGCUGUCUCAGCUCCAGGGCCUGGCCCUGCCCAUGACCCCCCUGCCGCUGGGCCUGAGCCAGCCAAACCUCCCCGCCGUCACCACCUCCUCCGGUCUCUUCUCCCUCUCCUCCCUGCUGGCCUCCCAAGCCCAGCUGGCCAAGGAGGAGAAAGCCUCACGUGACGGAGUUGACAGCCACCGUGAGGAGGACGGAGACAAGUCUGAUUAGAUGGUGUCCCCAUUCAGCUCCGCUUUUUGUCCAGAGACCUGAAUCCCUAGAUCUGAGCCCCCUUGGCCUACAGCCUCUCCCCUGGUCUCCCUUUCGCUGACCUUAGCUAACAUGGGCUUCAAUCCCAUCAACACAGCUCCAGCUACAGACCCCUAACCAACUCCCUUUAUUGGGAGGGCUUUGGCACCUGCCCCUUCUGCCAGACUAGUCCUGAUUGCUUCAUAUUUACCAUACAUAGGUUGUUUCUUUUUGCUUUCUUCUCUCUAUCACCAUCAGUGUCUCCUGUCUCUUUUCUUUAAAUACUGUAUCUCUUUUUGGCAUGUGAUUAAGCUUCAGUUAUUACGUGUUUAUUUUUUUGAUCAGUACUGCUUUCUAUUUCAGUUCCUUCCUUCCGCUCCAUCUCUCAGUUCUUAUUCCUGUUUAGGUUUCAGUUUUCUUUUCUCCAUAACUCUAUUCCUCCACUCACGCCCACCACUUGCCUCUGUUCUAAGAUGGUCCUUGUUAUGCAGGACUGAUCUGUGACACUGAACUGCAGGCUAAACGUUCUUUGGCAAGCUGUAAUACUAUUCAGAAACAACACAGGAUUCCUACCAACUUAAUUUUCCCAACAAAGAGGUCUGACAGAGAUCCGUGGUGUUGAUAUUUUUUUGGCAGUACAGAUUGCAUGCAUUCAUUCCAAGCUACACGUUGGCUUUGAGUUUAAAUGGUGGAUUGUUAUGGAGCAGAGAAGUGGUUUUGAAUUGUGCCCUCGUGUCCUGGUUAAAGAGAGAAUCAUCACACACAUGCAUGCAAACACACACACACACACACACACACACACACGGCCAAACCAAAACACUGCUGCUAGAGCAGAAUUGUUAUAUUGGGAAGACGGCUCCAGUUGACAAACUAAAUUUAUAUCAAGAAAGGAAAAGCACCUCCUUAGAGCAAACUUCCUGCUGAGUAGUUACAAACCCACCUCAGGAAGUAAUUCACCCGAAUCCCCGUCUGACCCUGCGGGUGCGUUCGGUACGAUGCAUCCCACCCCGCACCUCGACUGAAAGGCAACCUUCUCUUGGUUAAAUGAACAGAGAUGCUGCUCGCCUCCUGCACCCUCCCAUUCACCCUUUGCAUCUUUAAUGUGCACUAUUAUUAGAGCGGGCACCGAGGGGAGACGGUGUGCAUGUUGUGUGUUUGACAGCAGAGGGCAGUGUGUGUCUUCCUCCUCGAUGGGUUCAGAGCAGCAGCAACAACAACAACAACAACAACAGGACAAAGACAGAGAACAGGCACUUUCACAAGAGGGAAUAGAUUAUUCACCCACUUUGUGUGUACAAACUUAAUAUACAAAAACUAGACUGGUGACAUUAAUCUCUGCAUGCGGUCAUUCCCAGUCUCUGUCAUGAUCCAGUUCUUUAAUCUGUUUUAGGGAACGUCUCGGUGUGAAACGGACCCUUGAUUUUGAGCCGUCUGUAAUUUAUGAUUUAAAUACGGUACAUUUUGAUUCGCUGUACAGACCUGUCACUCGUCAGACCAACACUACAUUAUUCAGGCGGUUUUACACCCAUGUACAACACCGAGUGGAAAAUCUCCAUGACCUGAGAAAAGAAAAUCAGCGCAGCUCACACAGAUGAAGCACAAGCGUCCGCCACAGCUGCUCCGAUGAGUAAAGACUGCCCCACAGGCCCUGUUUUGAAUUAGCUCGUCCGAUUAGGCCUCUCGUCAGGUGGAAGUUUGGCCAAACCAUGCUGGGGAUAAUGUGACGUGUUCAACAUGUCCGUAUCCAAAACUUUUAUAGUGCCCUCAAAAAUAGCAUAGCAUACAAUAGUAGCAUACAAACUGAGAUUGUGUGAAGUUGUUCUACAAACCCCGACACACACACACACACACACUCUUUCUUAGCCUCCUCUCUGAAUUAACGGCUACACUGUGAGAAUUAAUUAGAUUUAAAAAUUAACAAUCCUUGAAUUUGGGAAAACGCCACUCCAAACCACCUUUUGGCUUAAUGACGAUAAAGCACAUUUUUAUUAUUUAAGAGAUUCACAAAAGGAAAAAAUGUACACAAAUUGCACGUUAUGGCCAAAAGUUCAGACGACAUACUAUUGGUGGGACGACUCCUUCGAUGGCGCUCUUUGCGGUGCAUAUAUGUGGAUACAUGAACCAGGUGUGUAUAAGUUGUACAGGUUUGAUACACACAGAUGAAACGUGUUGCUGUUCCUUCUACAACUAAAGCUGGCAGCACAUCGUCCUCCCACACACUUUGUGUGUCGGGCUACAUGCUGUACUCGUAGUGAUAUGCAGAGCGUGUAGACACUGCGGCUUACACACACACACACACGUCAAUGCAUGUCUGCCGGGGAAACGAGAUUGAUUUUCUUUCUAGUUGAGACAUUUUUUUCAAAAGAAUGUUUGGUCCAAACUUUUCUGUGAUCAAUGCACUUGUUUUUGUUUUUCCCCUCUUAUUUGUUUUUAAAUAUUAAUCAAUAUGAACUAGAACGAGAGUUACAAAGCUGACGUUAUAAACAUACAAAUUAAAUUCUAUGUAUUUGUUCAAGUAGUUGGAGGCGCUUGCCUCCGUAUACAGUUAUACAUAGAAAGCUUUAUGUGUAUAUAGCUGCAUCUUUUCUUGUCUGUCCUGGAUGAUUCUUGUGCUAUUGUGUUACAAAACUGAUGUGACACCAGGGGGGAAACUGCAGUACGUUGACCUUUUGCCCUUUGACCCCUUUUCUCUUCUGACCCGCCCCCCCAUGCCCUCUACUCCCACACCACAUCCCACCUUCCCGACUUUUUGCCCCCAUAGCGUGAAGCAUUGUAAGCGUUUUGAGCUUUGUAAAGGUCUUUUUUUAAAUACUUAUUUUGUGCAUAAUGUAAAACCUGAAAGUGUGUACUUUGGCAAAAAAAAAAUGUUUUGUGUCUGAAAUCAUAGCUUCAUUGAAACAACAACAAAAAAAGAAACUAUUAAAAAGUACAACAAACAUUUACUAUAAAUAAUAUGAAAUGUUCUGCAGUAAGGAAGGACUUCUGGUGCCUUACAAAUAAAGUCAAUCAAAUCAUAA